CCCGUGACGACCCUCGACGUCAUCGUCUACAGCUUCGUCAUGGUCGCCAUGAGCGGUCUGGGCGGCCUGCCCUUCUUCCUGCUGCCCGGGGGCCUGUCGAAGCGGAGCGCGGGCCUCGCGAACGCGCUCGCCGCGGGCGUCAUGCUCAGCGCGUCCUACACCAUGAUCUACGAGGGCCAGGUCGCGGGGCCCAAGGCCGUCGUGUCGGGAUUGUUCCUGGGCGCGGCGUUCAUGCGGUGCUCGCGGCUCUUCAUCGAGGGCCGCGAGGACGUGACGCUGCUGGGCUGGAGCGGCCAGACGACGCCCAAGGGGACGCUGCUCUUCCUCGCGAUCAUGGCGAUCCACAGCAUCGGCGAAGGGGCGGGCGUGGGGGUGGCGUUCGCGCGGUCCACCGGCGAGCCGAGCGGCUUCCGGCGGGGCGGCCUCGUGGCCGUGGCCAUCGGCGCGCACAACGUGCCCGAGGGCUUCGGCGUGGCGCUCGCGCUCAUCACCAAGGGCGCGUCGCCCGCGUCCGCGUCCGCGUGGGCCGUGCUCACGUCGGCGCCGCAGCUCGUCGCGGCCGUGCCCGCGUUCCUCUUCUGCGAGACCUUCUCGGCGAUCCAGCCCCUGGCCAUGGGCUUCGGCGCCGGCGCCAUGAUCGUCGUCGUCUUCGGCGAGAUGCUCCCCGAGGCCUUGGAGGACGCGGACGCGGACUCCGUGGCGCAGGCGACGGUGCUCAGCCUCGCGACCUUCGAGGGCUUCCGCAUGAUGCUC